CCACCCUCCCGAACACGUGAUCGUUUGAAAAAACUUUAUUCGCAUUCACCUCUUGAACAACCUGUCAAAGCACAAGCUAUUAUUAAAGCGGUUCUGCAUUUCUGCAUGGGAGCUACACUUCAUCCAUGCUUAUCAUAAGGGUUUAACACAGUUUGAGGAACAAACACAACAGCCAUUCAAAUCUUCUGUGGCAAACCACUGAUUCUGUGAGAAACCAAUGUCAUCUGAGGAGAUGGAAAGCCUGUGCCCUUUGCCAGAGGUGACGGGCAUCAAGGUAGAGCCACCAGUCAGCAUCGGCUCAACGGAAGAUGCCAACUCACAGAACACCAUGGGCAUAAAGUUUAUUUUGCCCAAUCGCUUUGACAUGAAUGUGUGCUCGCGCUUUGUGAAGUCUUUGAAUGAAGAAGAGAGUAAAAACAUCCAGGACCAGGUGAACUCUGAUUUGGAGGUAGCCUCUGUGUUAUUUAAAGCUGAGUGUAACAUCCAGACAUCUCCCUCACCUGGUAUUCAAGUCAGGCAUGUGUACACACCAUCCACCACCAAGCAUUUCUCUCCUAUAAAACAGUCCACUACGCUCACCAAUAAACACCGCGGCAAUGAGGUCUCAUCCACACCAUUGCUUGUUCAUUCACUUUCUAUACACCAGUUGGCAGCACAAGGAGAGAUGGUGUUCUUAGCAAGUCGAAUAGAACAAGAGUCUGUAAUAAACCUGCAGGAUGAAGAGGGGUUCACACCGUUGAUGUGGGCAGCAGCUCAUGGCCAGAUAGCUGUGGUGGAGUUCCUGUUACAAAGUGGUGCAGAUCCUCACCUGUUGGCAAAAGGGAGAGAGAGUGCAUUGUCACUGGCCUGCAGUAAAGGAUACACAGAUAUCGUUAGAAUGCUUAUCGACUGCGGGGUUGACGUGAACGAGUAUGACUGGAAUGGUGGAGCUCCGUUACUUUAUGCAGUUCACGGUAAUCAUGUUCGUUGUGUGGAAAUCCUCUUAGAGAGUGGAUCUGACCCCACCAUGGAAUCGGAUUCUGGUUUCAAUGCUAUGGACAUGGCUGUGGCAAUGGGUCAUAGAAAUGUUCAACAGGUCUUGGAGGCACAUCUUCUAAAGCUUCUGCAAGGUAUCAAAGAAUGACCAUGGCAAGUGACACUAGAGAGGAAGUACAAGGGGGCUUUGAGAAAAUAAGUGUUUACGGUUAGUGAACUGAUGAAGUGGACAAUAUUUUGCACGUGUGAUACUCACCAGCUUUAUAUGAAGUUGUCGAUGUUUUUUGGUCUAUCAUUAAGUUUAUUACAAGACAUCUGAAUUUAAGAGUGUUAAUUUGUGUUGUGAGUCUUGUUUUGUCGUGAUUUCCGUUAACAGAUGCGUAGUUGCAUUGUGUACUUCAAAAUGAACUUGCUGCAAAUAAGCUGUUUUACAUCGAAUUAAUAUGGCUCAUAAAUGUUAGGUGAACUAAAUAAUGGAUGCUUAAAAAAAUAAUUGGGGAAAAACUGUUGCAGUCAUGUUAUUUACAUCAAGGUGUCUACGUUUUAAUUCAAGAUACAAAAGUUGCAGUUUGUGCUUCUGCAAAAAUUGUAUUUAGAUUCAAUUUGGUGCUAUGACAUUGUAAAUAAACCAUUAUUUAAACUACAAAACAA